UGACCAUUCCAGUACUUGUCGACUCGCCAUGGGUGCAGGACAGUCAUCAACUUCGCAACAAAGCCCAUCGCAUGCUCUGCAUGUUCUCCGUGUAACCGCUCACUCCCCAGCUUCUCGGACGAACAUCGAGCCUUUCUUUGACUUCAUUGUUGGAUUCAGCGAAGGCGACUCAUUGCCCGACCAUACGGAGCUGGAUGCGUCUGAGCUGGAGAAGAUUGUAGAGGAACAUGAAGAACGGACGAUUACCUUGCUCGUGUGGAGUAGUAAGACGAAGAUCACUCGAGAGGUCCCUAUAACACCUUCUCGAACAUGGUCGGUGGGUAGGCAGCAGUCGGGCGCUGAGCCUACAUCAAAGCCAUCUCUUCUUGGAUUGAGUAUGCGAAUGUGCGAGUACGAGAGUGCGACUGACAACGUUUGGCACGUCAUGGAGGUCCUCGAGGGAAGCCCGGCAGAAAGCGCUGGUCUUGUGCCGUACGGAGACUGGAUCAUAGGCUGGUCCGGAGAUGUCUUAAAAGGCGAAAACGACUUCUAUGACGUCGUAGAAGCUCAUGUAGACAAACCGCUGCGAGUCUUUGUAUACUCGUAUGACUUUGACAACUUGCGGGAAGUGGUCCUGAUGCCUAAUCGACAUUGGGGAGGAGAAGGGUUGCUGGGCUGUGUAUUUGGGUAUGGUCUACUACAUCGUAUACCGGACCAGCCCUCGAGAAGAAACUCGCAGCACCAACCUGCUAGCGCUCGAGGAAGCUAUGAAAGCGGACGCGAGUUCUUUGUUCCCGCAGACGUCUCUCAGGGCUCAGUGCACAACGGCACAGCGCACGCAUCACAUCAUGAUACAGACUCCACUUCUUUUGCCUCUCCAGUCCCUCACAGACUGUCAGGACCGAGCAGUCUGGGCACCGGCUCCCAGCCAGGGACUCCACGCCAGUCAGGAUCCACGCUUACCCCCGGACGGGCUUACAGCCCCUCACUUGGCACCCUGAAUGGUGAAGCGUCGCCCAAACCCUGAUGUGUCCUCCUUCUCUAAAAUCAUGCUUAUGACAUUAUAAGGUUUCCCCUCCCACUCGCUUACGCCUAGACUGAACUCUUCUUU